AUGCUCUGUUUCUCCAUUUUUGCCGGCACCGUCGCGAUCAUCAUGAUCAGCGCUACAGCGCAAGAUUAUAAAAACUGCAGCCGCAAGUUCGAAUGCGGCGACUUCCGAAUCGGGUACCCUUUCUCGGGGGUCAAACGCCCGCGCCACUGCGGCCUCCCGUCCCUCGGUCUCAGCUGCAGCGCCAGCGUGUUUCCGAUGAUCGGCCUGCUCGCCAUACCCUACAAGAUCCUCCGAGUCGACCAACAGUCUCGGACCCUUACCGUUCUGCGAGACGGCGAAGGUAGUAUCCUCUGCUUCCCUCCGCGAAACACCACCUUGGAUACGGAUUUCUUCCAUUUCGCGCCGGACACUCAAUUUGUUUUGCUCUACAAUGAUUGCCCGCCGCCGCCUGCCGGCGUUCAACUACCGCCAAGUAUAGUCCAGUUCAAUUGCAAGGGUCCAGGGUAUUACUUUCUGCCGAGCGAGGACCUGCUCGGGGGAUUGAAGGAUUCCGUCAGGAGUUGGUUGGGAUCGUGCGGGUAUCUAGUUAGGUUGCCGGUGAAUCGGACGGAGCUGGGGAGCUUGCCGGUGAGGUCGGCGGGUAGGUUGGCGGAGGUGGUUUACCGGGGUUUUGGGGUUCAGUGGACGGGAAAAUACGACGGUGCUUGCGGCAAUUGUAUGAACUCCGGUGGGGAGUGCGGUUCCAACGAGACGUCGCGGCUCUUGUUCGCUUGCUAUUGCUCCGAUCAAGCAUACGCCUCCGGCUGUUUUUCCCUUAACAGUCCUUCACCGCCGGCAAAACCGCUCCAUGAAGCAGCCGAAGGGAGGAACAGGGUCCUGCUGAAGAUCUUGCUCCCAAUUGCCAUCUUCAUUACUCUGUCCGCUGCUGCCAUCACUCUGUUUUACUACAUCCGAAACAGGGCAUUGCAGAAUCAGAAUGGUAAAACCUCAUCUCCCCUUUUGAAACCACUAGAGUUCAUCAAAAUGCAGCGAGCCAAAUCGGCACCGUUCGGCGGCCAGGGCAACGUCGAGUCUCCACCGAGCCUCCAAGCAUUCACCUUGUCCGAAAUCAAAACGGCAACCAACGACUUCUCCGACGAUAACUUGCUCGGAGCUGGUGGGUUCGGCCCUGUGUACAAGUGUGUGUUCCUUGGAGGUGAGGAAAUGGCGGUGAAGCGGCUCUCGAAAUCGUCGACUCAGGGACUCCUGGAGUUCACGAACGAGGUGUCACUCACCGCGAGGCUUCAGCAUGUGAACCUGGUCAGGGUUGUGGGUUUCUGCACUGAGAAUGAUGAAAAGAUGUUGGUCUACGAGUUCAUGCCGAAUAGAAGUUUGGAUAUUCAUCUCUUUGAUCCAGUGAAAAGGUUGACCAUGGAUUGGAGCACUAGGGUAAGGAUCAUUGAAGGAGUGACUCAAGGACUUUUAUACCUCCAGGAGUACUCCAACUACACUAUCAUUCAUAGAGACAUAAAGGCAAGCAACAUUCUUUUAGAUGACGAGAUGAACCCGAAGAUAUCAGAUUUUGGGAUGGCAAAACUCUUCAUGAAAGAUUCGUAUGAAGCCAACACCAAUAAGAUUGUCGGGACCUACGGAUAUGUUCCUCCUGAAUAUGUGAAGAAUGGGAUAUACUCGAUAAAGCAUAUGACUCAUGGAGAAGAGGGGAAGGCAUGGAAUUCUGUGACCCCUCAUUGGACGAUUCUUCUUCGCAAUGUAAGCUGAUGACAUGUUUGCAAGUGGCAUUGUUGUGCGUUCAAGAAGAUCCCAACGACAGGCCAACAAUGUUGGAAGUUGCAUCGGCUUUGAGAAAUGGAGCUCUUAAAAUGGCUUCCCCAAAAAAACCUGCAUUUUCUGUAAGAUUGGAACCCGUAACGGCCACGAAUUCCAAAUUCCGCCAAGAGAUUUGGUCUUAUAAUGUUGCUGACAUCUCUCAAGUCAUUCCCCGAUGACACAACA